CGAUUUAUGAGUUAUGAUUUUCAAAAUUUUUAGUUUCGGUUUUCGAUUUUCGAUUUUCAAAUUUCGAGAAGGGGACGAGGACGGAGUCCACGAUCGGCGCGCGGCCGGGAGAGGAGCGCCCCAACGGCUCGAAGCACCAGGCAAAGGAGCAGAGGAGAGCAGGCAAGAAGGCGCGCCCCGCACGAAAGUCGAGAGGAGCCGAAGCCGAAGCCGAAGGGCGGCUUUUAUGGCGGGGAACCGGAUCAACGGCAUCUGUGGGUGACUCGGAUGGCGAUGCGUGUAUCCUGCCGGUCGUCAUGAUGAUGAGCCUCCGAUCUGCGAGAGGGUUUGGUUUCCCGGUUUCCCGGUCGCGCGUUCCUGUGAGGGCACGGGUAGAAUGUCAGCGGAGCGCAGUUGUGGCUUCCCUUCGCCUUUCGUUCUUUCGUUCCCGUCCCCGAGCCUCGCGAGUCUGUCUGUCGGGGAAAUGUCGGUUCCGGGCCUCGGGGCUUUAGAGUCGUGAUUCGAGGAAGUGGGAUUCGACUCCUGGACGGAGUCCGGGACCCGGCUGAGGAUCAUACCGACAUUAUAGUUGAAAAGCUCUGUCUGAUGCAAGAGAUUCAGCCGACAGUUCUUUAUGAAUGGCACAUCGCGCGGGGAUGAUUCAGGUCCCCUGCUCCUGCUUCUGCUUCGCCGGAUUCUUGUUCAUGAACCGCAGUAUGAGAAUUGUAAACAUGGCAAACACGCUAAUCCUUCGCUCCACAGAGCGAGCAACGAAAGCGCCAACGUACAGUAGUCGAUCCUUCUGCUUACUGCGUACUGCCUGCUGACGAGAUCGAGACUCUAGGUGAAUGAUCUUUCACUGAAAAUCUGGAAUGCCGGAGAAGGGGAGAAACAUCAGCAUUGAGCUGCUGCAGAUCUUGGAGCCGGCCACGCAGCUUCCAGCGGCGUCAUAAGAUCAUAAGCUCCCCAUCACGACUGCAGGAUAAGACUGUACGUGGUGCAUUAAAUUCUUACAUUCUCGGUCGACAAUUACACUGAUAGAUGUGGCUCAUGAGGACUCGUUGAACAGUCAGGCGACCAGGAUUACAAGAUUACUGCCGACCCUUGAACUCACUUCUCGGAAAAUAGGUCCGGAUCGGAUCCGGCUUCACUUUUCUCCUGCCGUGUAAAGUUAGUUCUCCCCGAAUUUACAUCAGCCGAUUCCUCACGAUAGGGAUUGAAGCUUUCUCAUCUGCCGCAGCAUUUGUAUCGGGAGAUGUAGUUCACGCUGUAGAAAGUGAUCGCGGGUCUUACCCAUCUGCACGAAGCUCGCACGGACCUGCACGGGGGCUCGCCUAAAUUCUCCACGCUGAGCACGGUUUUACCUUCCGUGCGCACUUCGAGAGAUUCAUUUCAAUCAUCUGCACCGGACAAAGAGAAAAUCUACCGGAAGACGGGAUGGCGUUUGCGUUCCGUACCGGGAUGCUAGCAAUGGAUUAGAGCGAGAUUCAUGAUGGGCUCUACGUCACCUGGAUUGGUUGGUGGUGCAAUGAGUUGAACUGGAGUUGACCCGAGCCAGGUUUGCACACAACGCUGAGAGCGAGCGGGUGGAGCAAGCCACCUUCAUGGCGGCAGUUGACCCCAGAAUCGUCGGUAAAAGAUGUCAGAAUUAUCUCAAGGACGUACAUCUCCGAGUGACGGGAGGAGAAAAAUGGAGAGGUGGUGUAGGAAAAGUGGUAGAGCUGCUAACUUGUUCGCCUUUCGCCAGCCUUUCCAGUGACAGAGAUGAUCGCCGAGUUCCAGAAACGCAGGGACGGACGCAGUGCAGCCAACCCGCCAGCCAGCCAGCCAGCUGGUGUUUGUGAUUCAAACAUUACACACACUGCUUGCGAUCAAUUUGUCAGGGCCAAUGGACCUGGAGGUAUCACUGUCAGCCCCCAAGAGCCUGCCUCAACCCUCGCGAACGCCGUAGCAACUGGCUACUUUGGAAAAGCAAUUUCAGGUUCCAUCAGCCAUCGUUCACAGCAUUCUGGCCCAAACAAAUCGCUAAUCUGCUUCUUCCCUCUUGCUCGGAAGUACGUGUCCCUGUGGACCAAGAUGAGGCAAGAUUCUUUCUUGGUAUCUUUUCAGAAAAGGUUUGCAUCCUAGCACGUGUCGAGCUGAAGCUUGCAAAGGAACGUCCAUGCAAGCACCGCAUGGUGGAGAAAUUAUUGGCAUCAAUCUCUGCUCUCCCCGGCCUGAAGCGUUUUCGAUUGAGGCUCAAGCAACGCAGGGUGAAAGAAUUAUUGCCAUCCCCUGCGCAUUGCAUUGCCGAGGUCUGCGUGGUGAUGAUUCACCGGAAAGUUGCUGAUUGAGGUGCGGUCCAGUGAGGAAGAUCUCACAUACAGCGCAAUUUUCAAAACUUCAAGUUGCGCCUUGUUUGGAACCUCUUGGGGAAACAUGUCAGCUCUGAAGGGUAACUUGACACAAUCAUUCCGUGCCAUUCCAACCGUUACGAAACCGGUUACAUUGGUAUUCGUGAUACCAGGUAAUGCACCUUCUCAAAUUUCUGCAAUCGAAAAGAACCCUACAAAAUUUGUCGCACAAAAGUUCACCUGCCUACUCAUCCCUUGGCAAUAAGUUCUGCAAGAGCCACUCGGUAGUGGCCCGUUUCUAAAACACGGUUCUGUGGUCCAUCUUGGAGAACUUCACAUCUUACGGUUCCACCGUUGCCAUAGUAUUGUACAUAUGCAGCAGUAUUUGAAGUGAGAAAUGAAUGAUUGGGACCAUCACCUGGUUCGGAAACUAGGCACAGUGGCAAGGUGCAAUCGAUGGAAUGGAAAAGUUUGCUCUGUAAUCCUGCAGUACAAUUUUUGGCCGGCUGUAACGGCCUCUGUCCUCACGAAGGUAUGGACAAUCUACUAUCAUCUUUGCAAUCUGUAGGAGUAAGACCCUUUUCGCCAUCGAUUCGCUACCGAGAAAUAAGCAGGUGUUCCGCCAAUUAUGUUCCAUUUUGUGCCGAGUACUAAUUUCAGACUAUAUUUUUAGCAUUAAGUCUCAGGUGGAAGACAAAGCGCUGCGAUUUCUACUUUUUUCGCUAACGACUAGCAAUACGAUGUAGACAAUAUGCCCGAAUCUGAAAGCUGUGCCUCCUGUACUGUACCUCAUGUCCAACCUGAUGCAAUUGUACAAAGAUGAAGCUCAUCACUUUGAGCGAAUCACCCCUUAUUGGACCUUUCUUGGAGUAUUCAAAUGCAAAGUGGUAGACUCCAAGGCUUAUGGCAUAUCGCUUGCAAUUGAGGAGACCCCAAUUUCAGAAUGAUCACACUCAAGUC